AGGUACAGGUAGUUGUAGAAGGCCUCUGCAACAGCGACAACUUUUACUACGCUUACUGUAAUAUCUGCUAGGCCUGGGGCUCUUGCUCCAUCGCAAAGCUGUUGACCAUCUUUCUCACAGAAUGCAAUCGCAGGGUCCUUGGUCAGAAAUUCCUCCGGAGACUGGCUCCUCCGAACGGUUGGGAGACGCGACGAGGUCCGCUUGCCUCCAUUGUCGGACCAAGAAGGUCCGGUGUACUGUGAGCCCGGUGGCAGGAGUGUGUGAACGAUGUUAUCGGUCGGAGCGAGAAUGUGUGCUCCGAGCCCGCUCUCAACGGCGCCCGAACAAGAAAGUAACUCUUCGCAUCGAAGAACUGGAGAAGAACCUAGCAGUGGUUAGGGCACAGCUCGCUGGUCAGGGCCCGCAAAGCCAGACUUCACAGUCUCCAAGCUCAAAUGGUAUUCCCACCCCAAGCGCGCUACCGGUACUGCAGACUCAACCAAGCUCAAGCGCUGCUCAGCAGGAUGUGUUUGAUCGGGGCCUUCUGAGCCUCAGUCAUGGCAUGGCCCUAAUCCGAGAGUAUCAAACGAUGUCAAAGGGGUUUGCCUUUGUCGUAUUGCCAGAGCUCCAGUCACUUCCGGCUGUGCGGCAAGAAUCUCCAGUUACGCUUUUGGCAGUACUAGCUGUUGCGUCUUGGCAGAAUAGAGAUGUCCAAACUAGUCUUUACAGAGAGCUCUGGCAAAUCCUUUCACAGCAACUAUUCAUGGAUGGAGAGCUUUGUUUAGAUGUUUUGCAAGCUCUAAUUAUCCUCUCCGCAUGGUGUCACCUAAACCUCGUGUCUGUGUACCGAUUGACAGCAUAUGCUGCGUCAAUAGUUGUUGACCUUGGUAUUAACAGUGUGCCCCGCAAAGAAAGCGAUCCUAAGGUAGGGCUUCGCCUCAAAUUCUACCCCCGAGCCCAGAUGGAAGUACCAGAGCGGCGCAGUUUCGAGGCACAGAGAGCCUAUGUUGGCUGCUAUCUGUUGUCUACCUCAUACUCUCUCUUGUCAAGGAAACCUCUUCAGCUUCGGUACACACCGUACCUGGAACAGUGCGCGGCUUUCCUGGCGUUAGAAAACAAUGCUACCACAGAUGACUCCUUGAUACACUAUGUUCGCAUCUUACAUCAUGCCGAGGAAAUCUACGAAGCUUUCGGCUAUGCUGAAUCACACACUACGGCGCAAUACAGCGAUGAGAUAUUACGAAUACUUUUGAAGACUUACGACACACGACUGAAAACUUUGAAGAGCGAGCUUCCGUCCCACAUCCGUGUCCAGCCAGAGUUCGUCAUUAUGGUACACACAAUUUGUGCGUACACCAACGAAGUCGCACUGCAUUGUCUACCACCUCCAGGUGAACAGCUGUCUCCCACCCUGGUGGAAGCCUUCUUGGACUGCUUGGUGAGUGUCAGAGAAGUCCUUGAUUAUGCCAUGCUGCUCUCAGACCGGGACUUCAUGAACCUGAACGGGUACAGCUGUGCUCGAAUACACUACGCUGUCACCUUGGCCUAUCGACUGACGUUUGCAAUCCGCUCUCCGUCCUGGGACGUCAAUUAUGUUCGCUCAAUAGUCAAGCUCGAGGACUACAUCGACCUCCUCAUCCAGCGCGUCGAACCUAUUCAAAAGUGCGUCUCUGGAAGCGAGGACCAUAGCAGUUGGUACAAUGUCUGCCUCAUCGAAUGGACAUCCGUCAGGAAAGCAUACAUUGCUGAACUGGCACAGAGGGGCAUCGAAGUGCCACUUGUUGUCACAGCUCCACAAGAAACGGCUGUAUGGUCGCAGGGUGUGCUGCCAUACAACGACACCGGCUUUUUCGACUUCAUGCCCAACCUACAGCAAUGGAUGUGGGCACCUCCAGUCCCGGACUCAUCAUGAGAUCGGCUGCUCAGGGAGUGGCUCUUAGGAUGAUUGUAAAGGCCCACUACCAUACAAUAUUCGACCGCU